AUGUACAAAAAGACCUUUUACAGCGACAACUUCACUGUAGACCCUGCUUUCUGCAGCAUUGACCCCAACAUGUUGGCAAUGCAUCAUCAUCAUCAUCAUUCUCAGCAGCAGCAAGAUGAUGUAGUAUCUCCCUAUGUAGUGCCUGCAUCGGUGAUGCCACCCACUCCUACACCAUUUCUCGAUCCAAGCGCUACUCCAUUUUCCCCUGAUGAAGGUCUCGAUGACUUUCCUGUUAUGUACCCACAUGACGAAGAUAAUACAACCGGCAUGGUGGAUGUUGCUGUAGCUCCUUACUUGACCAAUUACUACCAGCAGCAGCAGCAGCAGUACCAUUCUCCUCAGCCUGCUACUGUCAACAACACACCUGAUAUGGGCGCAGCAAACAUCAAUUACCAGCAGCAGCAGCAGCAGCAGCAAGAGCAUCAUUUAUUCCCUGCAUUGGCCAAAGCCAAAGUAUUUACAUGCCCAACCUGCCAUCGUCAAUUCAAUCGACGUUAUAAUUUGGGAACGCAUAUGAAGACACACGACAAGCAGCGUUAUCGACCCUUUGGAUGCCCCGAGUGCCCUAAACGAUUCGAUCGUAAGCAUGACCGUAAACGUCAUAUUCAGACGGUCCAUCGAGGUGAACGAUUGUAUCCUUGUGAUCAAUGCAAUGCUGAGUUUAGCCGCAAGGAUGCAUUAAUGCGACACAAGGAUCAGAAGCAUCUUCUUCUUCAAUACAUUCCUCAAGACGUAGGACCUCAUCAUGUCCAUCCAAUGUACGACUAG